CUGCUACAGCAAGACAAGAAACCUGGACCAGCACUUCAUUAAUAACCUGUCAGAACAACUAAACAAGAAGCUAAUCGCAAUUGUGCAUGUGCUCGUUGGCAAAUGAUGCCAUGAUGCGGCUGGUACGUUGAAAGGAAACCUGAAAUAGCUGGAAUAUAAACAAAUGAGGGUACCUGGUUCUCGAGUGUUUACAAAUAAUCCCGCGGAGAGAAUAAGACUGAAAGGUGGGCUAUAUAUUACCCUAACACCGCCCUCAAAUCUCGACAGGUCUGGUCACAUCACUGCGCCCUUGAGUUCCAAGUGCUACACAGGACAGUGAACGAAUAUACAAUAGUAGAUAGUUUCAAAAGCAAACAUUGUGAGUGAACGGAAUUUCGGCGAUAUGGUGGGAAAAGAAAACACCGUGUUAAUCGUACUACAUUAGACUUUCAAGAUGUAUGGGUUCGUCAACUACGCCUUGGAGUUGCUCGUCCUCAGAAACUUUGGACAGGAAACAUGGGAAGAAAUAAAGAAGGAAGCUGGGUUAGUGAUGGAUGGCCACUUCCUCGUCAGACAUGUCUACGAAGAUUCCGUGUCCUACGACUUGGUGAGCGCCGCCAACAAAGUCCUCAAAAUCCCGGCCGCCGACAUACUGGAGAUGUUCGGGAUGAUGUUUUUCGACUACUGCGAGGAGUCUGGAUACGACAAAAUCCUCAAGGUUCUCGGGUCGACGACGAGAGAUUUCCUACAGAACCUGGACGCUCUUCACGACCAUCUGGCCACCAUCUACCCGGGUAUGCGCGCACCCUCCUUCCGGUGUUCCGAACGGGAAAGCGAUGGCGCCACUAUCCUUCACUAUUACUCGGAGAGACCAGGGCUUGAGCACAUCGUUAUUGGCAUUGUGAAGGCAGUGGCGAAAAAACUGCACAAUUCUGAGGUGAACGUCGAGAAGAUACUGGGUAAAGAAGACGGCAUCGAUCACAUUCAGUUCGCCAUCAUUGAAAAAAAUCCACCCAGCAAGAAAGCUAAAAACGCGAACAUAGAAAAAUACGAAAAACAUAUUUUAUCACAGGAACCAAAAAUGAGCCCAGCUAGCUUUUGCAGGGCGUUUCCUUUCCACUUAAUGUUUAGCCCCGACCUGACCAUCAUCCAGGCCGGGUCGUCCAUUGUUCGAGUGAUUCCAGAGACGGGGAUGAAAACCUACAAAAUCACCCAACUCUUUGACAUGAUCCGACCUCACAUGGAGUUCAACUUCCAGAGCAUCCUCUCGCACAUCAACACAGUCUACGUCCUCCGUACCUUACACGACAAGCUGUCCACGGAGCACGAAGACUCGCGCAUGCGUCUUAAAGGCGAGAUGGUGCACAUCGCCGAGUCGAACGCCAUCUUGUUUCUGUGUUCGCCGAGCGUGAUGAACCUGGACGACCUGAACCGGCGCUCGCUGUACCUGAGCGACAUCCCGCUGCACGACGCCACGCGAGAUCUCGUGCUGCUGUCCGAGCACUGGGAGGUGGAGUACAAGCUGACGCAGAAGCUCGAGUUCCUCACGGACAAGCUGCAGCAGAAGUAUCGAGAGCUGGAGGAGGAGAAGAAGAAGACCGACAGGUUGAUGUAUUCCGUUCUACCUCCCUCCGUGGCCGACGACCUCCGCCACCAUCUCCCUGUCCCCGCCCAGAAACACAACAUGGUGACGCUGCUGUUCAGCGGGAUCGUAGGCUUCACUCAGUUCUGCGCCAAACACUCGGACGCGAUCGGCGCCAUGAAGAUCGUCGAGCUCCUCAACACCGUGUACACCCGCAUGGACGUCCUGCUCGACCCCAAGACUAACCCAGACAUAUUUAAGGUGGAGACGGUGGGAGACAAGUAUAUGGCGGUGAGCGGGCUGCCCAAACCGUGCGUCCACCACGCGCGCUGCAUCGCCCACCUCGCGCUCGACAUGAUGGACAAGAUGCACGACCUCUUCGAUCCCGACAACCAGAAAAUAACCAUAACAAUCGGCGUCCACUCGGGGAAGGUGGUGACCGGCGUCAUAGGUAUGAAGAUGCCGCGCUACUGUCUGUUCGGCAACACCGUCAACCUCACCAGCAGGACGGAGACCACGGGGAUGAAGGGUCAAAUCAACGUCUCCGAGUUCGCCUACAGAUGCCUGCUGACGCCAGAGUGCAGCGACCCGUCGUUUGAGUUCACUGAGCGGGGCGGCGUCACGAUGAAGGGGAAGGCCGAACCCAUGAUGUGCUACCUACUGACGCGCCGCCGCGGGGAACCGGCUUCCUCCUGUAACGGAAGUGACGUUGAUGGCAGUCGGUGACCACAUCCGUGGCAAAAAGGAAGAAUGACGGACAGCGGCGUGUUAAGGAGGGCAAGAGCAUGAUAAUAAUUUAACUGCUUGCCAUCGUCACCAAUCAUAUCACAUGAAUUUAACGCUAGGCUCAAUAGAAAAAUAAUACCCCCCCCCCCCCCCCCCCCCCCACCCCCUUCCGUCAUAAGUGAGCGGAAAGACUACAAGCUUUGUGCUUCCUGUACACGCCUCUGACGAGACUAUAUUCGUCUUUACAGGGACGUGGAAUCUGCAUUUAAUGUUUUAACAGAGCCAUCAUGUUACUGCUAAGCUUAACUAUUUGUAGCGUGGUAAAUAUACAUGUCUAGAACGUAUUUCUGAGGGUAUCCAGUAUUACGUGUCGCUAACAUUACCGUGCAUUAAGAACCUACUUUGUAGACGAAUGUAUAAAUCGUAAAUUAAAUAAAGUCUACAGAAUAAAGUUAUCAAAGGUCAGUAAUUUUCGUACGCAGCAAAAACACUUGUACGGUUUGAAAAAAACCCUCCGUGUAACAUGGAACGUCCUGGUUUGUCUUUUCGGAACAUUUUACAUAGCUUUACAUUUUGACUAAAGCUAGUUUUAGAAGUAACGUAUUUACAUUACUUUACUGUCUACCGUAGCGAUGCUUAGACAUUAAUUGUCAGAAAACCACUUGUUUUAAAACCAUUGUGUUAUAUUAUUUAAUAAACAGUUUUAAGUGUA